CCUGGCGCCCUUUUACUACUUGCCGCCGGGCGUUAUCGCUGGAAAGGAGAAAUGAUGCACAGAAAUAAAAAGUAAAGUACAGUCAAGGGAGGACACAGCUGCUGCUCCAUAUUGUGUGUGUGUCUGGUGAACAGUGUCCUAAGCAAAGGCCUGGUGGGACCUUGAUCGGCCUUGAAAAUACUCAAUGGAUCUCUGUGCAGACUCGGGGACACUCAGCACACAUGCAGCUAAAGGAGGACCUGUGCUUGAGGAGGAGCUGUCUUUCUCCAGCAAUCGUAGUCAAACAGGAAGUGGAAACACCAUCUUACUACAGUUGUUGGAAUUUAAAACCCAUCUCCUUGAAAUUGUGGAGGAGCUGCAGAUUCAGAGGGAUGCAAAGACACUAUUUGAGGAUCAGAUCAGUAAGCUUGUGUUGGAGAACCAGGAGCUGGAGUGGGAGAAGGCAUCCCUACAACAUCAAAUAGAAACAGUGACAAACCAGCACACUGAGGCCCUAAUGAAUGCACAGAAGCAGUUCCAGGCCAAAAUAAGUAACAUUGAGGAGGAGAAGGGGAUAUUCCAAAUCAGUGUUGAGUUAAAAGACAAGGAAAUGAUCAACUUAAAGGAGGCAAUGAAGUCGCUACAGAUGCUGAAAUACAAUUUGGAAAAGAAAGCAAAUGAAAUGGAACAGAAACUAGCAUUGCAGAACAGGUCAAAGGACAGCCACCUGAUCCAGCUGGGAGAGGUUGAGAAACGUUUCAGUGCUCUGUCCAGGCAGUGCAACAUGGUCAAACAGGCCCACGAGAAACUAGAACAGAAUGUUGAUGAGACCAUGAAAAUGAACACAAAACUGACUUCUGCAAAUGGAAAACAAAUAUCAACCAUUAUAUCACUAAAGAAGGGGUUGGAGGAAGCAAGUAGCAAACUGAUCAAAACCAACGUGUCAACAUUUCGAAAUGACAAGACCCAAAAUCCUACAGGAACAGAGAGGUGUUUACAGCAACUGCAUCAGAAACUGAACAUGGAAACUGAAGUCAUCAAGAAAAUCAGGGAAGAAAAUCUAGGUUUAAGAGAAGAUAAACAGGAGGUGAUGAGAUCGCUGCAGCAUACCCACCAACUUCUGUUGAGUCAGACACAGACAGUUAGCAAAGUGGAAAUGGAGCUGCAGACAUAUAAACAGCGGUAUCAGGACCUUAAGCAGGAACAUGAGUUGAUGCAAGAGAAAAGCAAGGCCAUGGAAAACAAGGUUGCCCAUCUGAUGGAGAGUUCAAUAUCCUCAAAGACCAGCUGGGACAAAGAGAAGGCUGUGUUUCUGGAUCACAUCAAGAGUCAGCAUCAGGACCUUCAAGCUGUGCGAGAGGCUUAUGACAAAAUUAAACAGGAACACUCCAAACUCUUGCUGAAAUCUACGCUUUUAAAUGGACUGAAGAGGAGAGACGGCCGCCAAUGCCAGAAUUAUAACAGCCAGCACUUUCCAACUUUAGAGGAGAGGAUUGAUGAACCGAUCUCUGAAUCUGACCUACCAGCUCUGCAGAACUUGGCCUCCACUAAGACCAAAAACAGAGACUCUCCGGAGGACACAGAAGCAAAGCUUAUAACCACUGAAGCAAUUGGAGGACAAGAUGUUCGAAAUCCUACUCAGCAGUUUAAAUUUAAACAGCACCUUAACCCCUUGAACUCGUUGACCUUCCUACUCACCAGAAACAACCUUGUCGGCCUCUGUAGUCCUAAUGGGACAGCAUGCAUCAUAUCAAAAGAACACUUAAAUGUUAGCACAAGUGUGAGGGGUUCUAAUGUCGGGUCAGAUUUAAAUUCUUCUUCUUCCUCUUUUUCUGAAGAUGGUCUGCAGAUUAGCAAAACUGUGUUUUGCAGUGUGAAAGACUCAUCAACUGCAUUAUGCCUUGACAAUGGGUCUAUUGAUGAAUCUUUAGACUCGCUAAGCCAAGAUGUUAGUGUUGAAGGGAAGGGAACUGAGCAAAAUCAGGGAUGGAUUGAUGAUAUGAACAAAGGAAAAAAAGACAGAGAGGAAAGUAAUAGAGAGCAGCAUUAUAGCAAAAAAGAAGUCCACAGAGAAGAUGUGAAGGGGGGCCGAACUGAUGGACUACAGAGAGGAAUAAUCAUUACCCAAAGAACAGGAAGAGUAGACAGACGAGAGGAUAGCCAGCAGUCAUCAGAGGAUGCGGGGGACAGCAAACAACCUGGAACAGCCACAAGAGAUAGAAAAGAGGAAGAAAGGACAAAUGGAGCAGAGGAGACAGAAAAACCAAAGCUACACAGGCCAGAAAACCAGAUAGAUGCCCAGAUGACUACUUACACAACUACAGAAAAGAGCAAUCCACAGCAGGACCUUAACAUCAUGGAUGCGGAGACACUACUCCCUGCCUGUGUUACCUCAGACUGCUCUCAAAAAGUCUCUGAAAAGGAUGUUGACUCAAGCUACGUGACCACAGGAUAUGAGAUUCAUAGAGAACAACAAAGCUUUAGUCCUAAUGAACACCAAUGUAUCAACCAUUGGCCAAAUGAUCUCAUUCAAGAGGUGCAACUCUUCUGCCAUGAUGAGGUCAAGAGUUUUGCUCAAUGCUCUGCCCCCACUCAGGUGAUGAGUUUAAGUCGUCAAAUGCUAGAGGAAACGCCGGAAGGGGAUUUGUCCAACAAAUCAGCAGGACACAUCCCAAAUAAAGUGUCUGACACACUGAAUCAGCCAAGUAUGUAUAGCUCACAGGACAAUGUUGCAUCGCUAGUGGCCCAGUUGGACUGUAGUGUCAGUAUUCAAGAGUCAGAAUCAGCUCAUAUACAACCAAGUAAUCUUUCCAACACAAAGAGAAAAGACGAAAUGUCUGAAACAAAUUUGAAUGAAGAAUGUGUAUUAGUGAGAAAUUUGGAUGAAACACAGGCAUUAUCUCAAAUUCAGGAAACCCAAGAUAAGGAGCGUGCACAGCUAUUAACCGAUUAUAGGAUGGAUUCUAAUGCAUAUGAACAGGAAGCUCAGCCCAACAUUCACAUAGAGGGAAACAAUGUAAGUAACGCUGCCAUGGAAACUAAAAUGAAUACUUACAGCUGUCACAAGAAAAUUUGCAUAAGAGAAGAUGCAGGAGAUGCAAUGGCAACCAAUUGGGAGACAGACUGGAAGCCAUAUGUCAAUUCAAGCCAUGUGAAAGAUGCAUCAUCAGCAACUAAGCAGACUCCAGCAAAUGAACCACUACUUGAUAUUGAGUCAACUUACAGGCCAGCACAUGACUGGAGCGUUGAUGAGAGAGCAGUUAACCACUCAGAUGGCUCCGUCCUGCAUCAGUUUGUUCAGGAGAGCAGAGCUUCUUUAUCCGUCAGUUUGCUUCCAGUCUCCUCAUCCUCCCACACAGUCAGCAGACUAUUAUGGCAGACCACCCCAGUGCAUGGCAGAGCUCCUACCUCAACUGCAGGUCCAAGUUUAGAAACAGACUGGGGGACGUCCCACAUCCUUCCAGUCAGGGAAGACCAACACUCAUUCAGAGCCCAGAUCUCUAAAAUUGAACAGUUUCUUAACACAGACAGACGAAGAACUGACAACUAAAUAUCCAAAGCUUACUGUUUUGUUGAGGGAUGCUAUGUUUCUAUAGUUAACUUUCUUCUGUUGCACAUACAUUGUAACUCCUGAAAGAGAAGGUUUAAAGUAUUAAAAGUUUGAUUCAUUUUCCUCCGCAAACAUGGGAGUUUCCUUCUGUUAAUGUUUUCAAUGGGUUUAAAGAUAAAAGUUGUUAAAUUGUUUGAGGGGGUCCACUUUUUGGUAGAAUCAAUUUCCUGAUGUGAUCACAUGUUCACACAUUUCAACAGUUUCUAAUGUUUUUGGAAAUUGUUGAAAUGUCAUUGUUCAUUUUUUGGUAAAACCUUUAGUCUACAUUUGGACUUUGUUGCAUGAAGUUGAAUAUAGCCUUAGUUAAUCGUAUGAUUAAAAAGCAUAAAAUAUGUUACACGGUACUAUUAUCUAUUAUUUUGCUCUAAAGCAGACAUCUCUUCUUCACAAGGAAGUUUUUAGAUUUCCCGUGGCAGUCGGGCUGGCUGAGUCGAAUCUGUACUGCCUCACUUACUAAAAGAACACUAUUUCACACGUUGUGGGGGUUGGAUGUCAUUUAAUGGAUCAACAAAACAUAAAAUUCACAGCACAAAAUGUUGAGUCUUGCACAGCAUGGAGUCAGAUAAACAGACUGCAAAUGCCAAGCACCAUUGUCAGUUCAAAAGGCCUGUAACUGUUAACAUGGUAAUUAAAAAUAAUUAGCCUCAUGCAUAUCUGGGUUGCAUGUCUCAAAUGAGCUCUAAGGGGUUUAGGCAGCUAUGGGUGACACCAUGUUCAUUCUUCUGCUGCUGCAAAACAUGUUAGAACCUCUUUAAAUCAAUUAAGAAAAAGGUAAUUAACAAAACACCCACAAUCCCAAUUAACCAAAAUCAAUUAGAAAUGAACAGUCUAAUUAACACAUGCUUACACAAGUCUCUCUUUAGUCUCUGACCCUGUGUGGGCAUGAAGCAGCUGACUAGAGAUUCUUUUACAUAUAUUUGUAUUGUCAUACAUGUAUCAUAUAAGGUUUAAGCUGAGAAGCAGAGGCAAAACCUUUUUUUCUUGCAGUUUAUACUAAAGUGUUGAAUGACUACUGGUGACAGUCAUUUUGUACCAAAUAUUGGAAGGUUGAUCUAAACAAAACAUUUUAACAGUAAAAUCUCUUAAAGGUCACUUUUCCAUAUGAAAGGGGUGUAUUUUUUUUACAUGUUUUUUCAAUGCAAGGUUUCUUUAUUUAGUUGAAUUUCUUAUUUGUUUAACAGAACAUUGUGUAGCUAAUUGUAAACGUUUGUUUUGCAGAAAUGCUUUAAAUACAGAAA